AUGAGUUCAGAUGAAGACUAUUCUUCUGGCGAAGAAGAAAUUUUCGACAAGGGCAAGAAAUCCAACGUCUUUUUAGGAUUUGUCGAUGAUAAAAUAAGCGAAGAUUCGAGUGCUGAUUUACCAACGUUCGAGGAUUCAUUUAUGGGAUUCAAGCCGGUAUGGUUACAUCCCAAGUCACGUCCUAAGAAUUCUCAAUUAAGUUGUGAUAACUGUGGUGAUCGUAUGGCCCUCUUGCUUCAGGCAUUUGCGCCCUUGGAUGACAAGCUAUAUGAUAGGGUUUUGUACAUAUUUGGCUGCCGGAAUACUUCAAGGUGUUCCAAGAAGAAAGGAACUAUAAAAUGCAUACGAGGAAUAAGCAAGGAUCCCAAAAAGAUGGAGAUAAUUAAGGGGCAACAGGAAAAUGUCAAGAAAAAUGAGUUGGAUGAAAUAUUAAAUUUGGAGAACAAAAAGAAAAUUUCAUUUGAUGUUAGCAAAGACUUGUUUUCAGGUUCCGGUUCGACUCAGAAUCCUUUUGGUAGUUCUGCAAGUGAGAACCCUUUCAAGAGCACUGCAAGCGAGAGUCCUUUCAUUUCAGGGUCAAAUAAUGCAUCUGUGACACCAAGUGAGGGACCUCAGAAGGAAAAAAUAAAUGAGAUAAAACCUUCCUACGCAGAGAUAUCAGCUCAUUUGGAUGGCAACGAGAAGACCAAAAGAGCUCCCUCGGAGGAAAAGGAAGGCAAUAUUCCAUCUUAUCCUGGGUACUUCCUAUAUGUUGAAAAAGAGACUUUAAAAAAAAAUGUCGUUGACAAAGAAAUUGAAAAGUAUAAGCACUUAAUCAACUCAGAAGUCGAACCUGAGAAAUCAGGUAGCUCAAGAAAGUCGAAUGCGAUUUCAUCAGACUUGCACCCUCUGACAGCAAAAAUGGCGAAUGCAUUGAAUGAUAAAUAUUUUCAGGCAUUUACCGAUGUAGUUAAACACAAUCCGGGUCAGGUAUUAAGAUACGAUCUUGGUGGUAGACCGCUCCUCUAUAGUGGGAAAGACUCUGUUGCAUCGAAAUUCGUCUCAUCGCAGGACAUCAAUAUUGCGCCUCCUUCAUACAACCCUUCUUCCAAGCGACAAUUCGAAUUGCAGCUUAUGCCCAAAGCUAUUAUGGAUUUAGAAUCAAGCGACAAAGAUGUGACUAUGGCUGACAUUUUAGCUGGCAUGGCUUGGGGCACUAUUAUUGUAUGCACGGACGUUGAGGAUUUCAUUCCAGACGACUAUUUUGACGAGAACAACGUAGCUUAUAUCGAAGAAUGGUGCGGUGUUCAAUGGGAAGAUUCCGUUUAG